CAAGAAAGUGCGAGAGUACCACUCUUGUUCCCAAGGUCACAUCAGAACUGCUGCAUGCUUGUGAAGGGAGAGGACCCAAAGGACGUGAUGGCCACUGAGCGCAAGUCCACGUGGAGGACAGCUGAGGAGAGGCGCAUGUCUGAUCUCACACGGGUCCUAGAGUGGAUGGAGCGAAGGCAUGGCAAGAAGAAGCUAGCUCUCCAGAAAAGCAAACCAAAGGCUGAGUUUGUCAGCCCUAAAGCAACUGGGACAACAAAAAGAAAAUCAAAAGGCAUCCUGAAAAAGCCAGGCAGGAACCUCCAGCUCUCCCCCAAGGUCUCACAGAAAAGCCCCAGGAAAGAAGAUGCUGUCAUGUACCGAAGACUCUAUGGAAUGGAGCAAAAAGGAAAACGCCUCAGUAUGGUUCCAGGCAGCUACGUCAAGGCCUCCCCCAAGAAAUCUGAUAUAGAAGUCAAGGAUUCUAUGACCAUGGAGUCUUCUCGGGGAGGCACAAAUCGUCGACAAAGCAGUUUAGAUCCCAUCUUCCAGGAAAGUAUGUUCCCCUCAAGGAAGAGUACUAUCAUGAGAGAAUGGAUAACAAAGACACCUGACACCUCUUACGAGCGCAAGCUGAAGACCCUCAUGGAAAAGGGCACCGAGCCCAAAAUUGAAGCUGUCAAAAUGUUGAAGCCAGAGGAGGUACUGAGCUGCAGAUACCUGAGGCUGUCCAAGAACAACAUCAAGACCUUGCUCAAGCUGUGCAAAGAUGCAGGGAUGAACGUGGACAUCCACCCCCACAUGAUUGAAGGAGAUAUCAAUGCUAAGAUGGUGUUUGACCAAAGCCUCACCACUGCCCUCUGAAUAGCCAUUUCCCCUGGUGCCUUCAGGCUCCACCGGCCCACAGAUACCAACCAUUCGGCGACACACUACAGGUGGCUUUUCAGACUUGGUUCAUUCCUUUUGAGACAGUACCGAUUAGAAAACAAGGGUAGACUGCAUUGAUCAUUGUGUUUGUGGUCAUUGGUUUGUAUUGCCGUUCAAGUCAGAACCAACUUCAGGUUCACUUAUGAGUCUUCUCACCCAAGCCAAAAGAAGACAGCAAUGGAUGGGCUUCCUAGAAAGGAAGUCUGAGAAGGGUGGAGAAAUGAAGGCUACUGGUCCUAUGUGAUGAACAGAGGGUAAACAGGCUGGAGAAGAUACAUUGCAGCCUUCCAUGCCUCUGGGCAGAGCUUUGCUUUGUGUGGAGCUGCCCCUCUUAUACAUAGGUUGUGGAGGCGAUAGCAGUUAUUAGGGAAAGGAGAACCUUUCAACAUAUCUACAUGGCAUGGGACCUUUAGAUGCUUACAACUACAGGGCUCCCGGGGGCAGCUGGAACCUCUCAGAGCUGGUAGUUCCCUCAAUGUCAUUGGGUUCAGGACUUCAUUAUUCACUUGCAGGAAAGAAGCCAGGGAGACAAGGGACCCAGUGAGUGUCACGUGGACAAGAUAUAGAAUGAUGAGGAUGAGAACAGGUAGGUCCCUGAGGGACACAUGGUUUGCAUUCAGCUAUUCACCUCAAGGUUGGCAGUUUCAACCUACCCAAUGGUACUGCAGAAAACACGCCUGUCAUCUGGUUCUAGAAAUACUACUACCAAGAAAACCCUAUGGAGCAGUUCUAUUCCCCAAUGCAUGGGGUCACUAUGAGUUUGGGUUUGGGCCUUUAGAAUGAGAACAGUGUCCCCACCAUGCUCGCUCAUUCUGCCUUCUUGUGUGAUGGAGAUGCAGGAGCGUUUUUGAAAGCAUGCAUAGAGGCAGUCUGUUCCUCCCCAUCCUGGAGCAGCUUCUAGGUGAGUAUGCAACCGAGGGUCUUGUAGUCCCUGCAGCACUCCAAAUCCCUACUGCUGUUCUCUGUGACUUCCAGCAAGUUACUUUACCUCUUAAUUUCCUCCUCUGUAAAAUAGAGCGAAUAAUACCUGCUUGCACAUGAAGCAGUUAUGAACAUAUAGAGCUUAAUGAAAAAGUAUGAGCUGUUUCCACAGUCCACUGGAGUAAACAAGGAGCAGACUUCCCAGUCCCACUUUUCCCUGAAAGGCUCCUCAGAAGUUGGUCUAUCAAUGCCAAACCAAACCCAACCGAGAUGGAAGCUGCUGGCACCCAAAGUAAGGGCUAAGGGUUCACCCAGACUCACCUCAACCUCUCAGGGGUAUCAGAGCAGAACUGUGUUCCGUAGGGUUUUUAAUGACUGAUUUUUUCUGGACACAUCACUAGGCCUUUCUUUUGAGGUGGUUGGAUGGACUCCAGACACCAGCCCAGCUCCUUCAAGUCCUCUAAACACCCACAUGCCCUGAUGCUGCACGGGCGUUCAUCAUGGGCCAUCUGGAACAUCAGCAGCUCGGCUCGCCUAGUCCCCUUGCUUCUGAUUCUCCUUUUAUCUAUCGACUCGUCCAUCGCGUGCUUACGGCGCUUCCACCAAGUGCCAAGUUAGAAUUCCCUUUUGACACAUUUUAAGGUUUUUAUUUUAUGUUAUGUUCUUUUUGA